UUUUGUGGGUUUGGACAACAUUCGUGUGUGAACAGUGAAAAAGAAAAGGAAUCUAUUAACAUGUCUGGUCGUGGUAAAGGUGGCAAAGUGAAGGGAAAGGCAAAGUCUCGGUCGAACCGUGCUGGUCUUCAGUUCCCUGUUGGUCGUAUUCAUCGUCUACGUUUCCUUGAUAGACUGCACAGUACCAGGUACCAGGUGCCAGGUACCAGGUACCAGGAUGUUCCAUAAAGCGUGGUCAGCCCCGCCCAGGACUGGGUCCCAGAAUCCUGCGAGGCAUAUACACUUGCUUUUAGUGCCAGUCUCUGAUUGUAGCAAAGCCCACUCUGAACAUCUUCCAGUCUCGGGCUGUCUCUGUCUCUGUUUUCUCAGUCAGUCUCCAAAGCAGGCGCUGAAACUAUUGCCAGUUUUCAUCGACUCGUUUGCUCGUUGCUCAUUUGAGAAGUCGAAAGGUUUACCCAGGACACGGAAAAGCCGGAAAAAGAUACGAGAAAUGCCUGCAAAAAAAAAAGGUGAAGGCAAAGCUAAAGCCGGGAAUAUACCGGGGGAUACAGGAUCUGUGGCAACCGCGACUGUGGUUCGGCGCCAAAUGCCGCCGCGCGCCUGCAAGAGCAAGAGCCAGAGCGCCGCCCCAGAGCGCCGUCCCAGUCUUAGUCCCAGCCGCCAGCAGCCCAGCCGCCUGGCCAAGAAGCCCAGCCUGACGCCGACCACCGGUUCUCAGGCGCCAUCGCAGACCAUCGCAAAGUCGAGGCCCACCGGUCCCGAGACGAUUUUUGAACGGCCCGGCAAUGAGGACGACGGGCCCACCAGCAGCCAUGCCGUGGCAUUCGGCGAGUGCCAGCGCCGCGUCCUCGCCCUGGGUACGGGCGAAAAAAAAAGAAACCUGUCGCAGAAGAGCUGCCUGAAGGUGCGCAACACCUUGGGCGAACGCAGCACCCGGCACAUGAUGGCCGGGUAUGUAUCGUCAUACUAUGAUGAUAAACCGUCAACAUCAGCAGCAGCAGCAGCAACAGCUCUGCUACGGCAGCAGCGGCAGCACAAGCAGCAGCAGCAACAACAACGGCAAACCUCAACACCAGCACAAGCAGCAGUGGCGGCGAUUAUGAAAAAGCUACCAACGAAAACGGCUGCAACAGCAGCAAAUGCAGGUAAAGCGAAAACAAACAAUAACGGCAAACAUCCACCAUUGCUCAGGGUGUUUAUCUACGAGAAUACUUUCGACCAAAAAGUUCCCAUCUUGGAAAGAUGGCUGAACAUUUAG